GCCUUCCGGUUCCUCUGUCGGAUCAGCUGACUCUGAUGCUGCUGUCAGGAGACCUCACGAUCUGCGCUCAAUGGCAACUAUGAACACCGUCAGGCCAUAGAAACCCCCCCAGGCUGCCGUAUCUCCACCAGUGAAACCAACGCGGUCAGGACGCGGUUUUCUGAGGCUUCUCCGGAGGUGUAAACAUGACCGAGUUUUGGCUGAUCUCCGCUCCCGGCGAGAAGACCUGCCAACAGACAUGGGACAAACUGAUGGCAGCGACCACACGCACUAACAUCCUGUCCACCAAUCACAAGUUCAGCAUCCCAGACCUCAAGGUUGGAACGCUUGAUGUCUUGGUUGGACUUUCAGAUGAACUGGCCAAGUUAGAUUCGUUUGUUGAAAGUGUGGUGAAGAAGGUUGCUCAGUACAUGGCUGAUGUGCUGGAGGACAGCCGGGACAAAGUGCAGGAGAACCUGCUGGCCAACGGAGUGGACCUCGUCACCUACAUCACACGGUUCCAGUGGGACAUGGCCAAAUAUCCCAUAAAACAGUCCCUUAAAAACAUCUCCGAAAUCAUCUCAAAGCAAGUGACCCAAAUUGACAAUGACCUAAAGGCCAGAGCAUCAGCUUAUAAUAACCUGAAGGGAAACCUGCAGAACUUGGAAAGGAAGAACGCGGGGAGUUUGCUGACCAGGAGCCUGGCUGAUAUUGUCAAGAAGGAGAAUUUCGUCCUCGACUCAGAGUACCUGAUUACUAUGCUGGUGGUUGUACCAAAGGUAUCCUAUGGCGACUGGGAGAAAACAUAUGAAACACUGGCUGAGAUGGUGGUGCCUCGAUCCUCAAAUCUGCUGUUUGAGGACAGCGACAGUGGGCUGUUCAGCGUUACCCUGUUCAGGAAAGCCAUAGACGACUUCAAACACAAAGCCAGAGAGAACAAAUUCACGGUGAGAGAUUUCCAGUACAACGAAGAGGAGAUGAAGGCUGACAAGGAGGAGAUGACGAGGCUCUCCACAGAUAAGAAGAAGCAGUUUGGCCCCCUUGUCCGGUGGUUAAAAGUGAACUUCAGUGAAGCCUUCAUUGCGUGGAUUCACAUUAAAGCACUAAGGGUCUUUGUGGAAUCGGUUUUGAGAUACGGGCUGCCAGUGAACUUUCAGGCAAUGCUCCUGCAGCCCAACAAGAAGACCAUGAAGAAGCUGCGGGAGGUGCUCAAUGACCUGUACAAACACCUAGACAGCAGCGCAGCAGCUAUCAUUGAUUCUGCAAUGGACAUCCCAGGCCUGAACCUGAGCCAGCAGGAGUACUACCCCUACGUCUACUACAAGAUCGACUGCAACCUGUUGGAUUUCAAAGUUUAAACUGUUGCUCAGCAUUCGUCCUCAUGCUGCGUGUGUAUUGAGUUAUGCUCUUCCUCGUGCUACCCUCCCUGUCCUCUCACUCUGUCCCCCUCCUGGUCAGCUUCUGCAAACGACUGCUGCAUGAUCAUUCCCGGUGGUGAUAACAAGGUUCAUCUAAAGACUUCUACCGCCUUUACAACCAAGGGACAGAAAGACUUUUUAUAUAUUAUUGUCCUUGUCCAAAGUUUCUUUUUCUUUUCAACGCAAGUGAUUCGUUUUUUUUUUUGUUUUUUUUGUUUUUUGAUGUUAAGUAAAUCAGGAAAUCAUACUGGAGAGUUAUAUAUUUACGGUCAUUCCACAUGUGCUGGUGUGUAUUUAUAGCUGCAUCUGUGCUGGUGUUCAGAGAUUUAUGUUUACAUACUGGGUAGUUUCAUCAUUGUACCCAUGACAACAACACCCUGUACGCAUUUCUGAGUCUGGGGUGAACACGCCCUGCCCCUCCACCCCCCGCAGAUGUCGUGAAACCAACUUCUUAUCUGUGUUGUUUGUUGUUGCGCGUAUCUGCUGUCAAAAAGAGAUCAGAGUAUUGUGAAAGCAAGUGAUUAAAUAAAUGAAUCUAUGUAAUUAAAAGCAAGAAUUUAUGUGUGAAUAAAACAGCUAAGGCCUGGAUGCUGAACUGUGAUUUAUUGCUUAGCCACACAAUAACGUGCAUGUGAUAAAACUUAGACACAUAAGCAGCAACUGUUUAAUAAACCAUGAUCCUCCAUGAA